AUGGAUACGAGCGCACGCCGGUGUUUCUUGGAGGUGUACACAGACGGGUGCGAUGAGCCCCGUCUGCUGCAGCUGGAGCCGACAGUCAAGUUCCACAACGUGCUAAGGCGCUUCGACGAGGAUGGUGACCUGUACUGGGGUGACCACCGCAUCGAUCCACAGACGAGCCCCGUUGCUGUGGGCAUGGACUGCGGAGUCGACAAGAUGAAUGCGCUGUGGUUCAUUCCAGCCCUGCCACGCGCCAAGCUCUGCGGCAUUUCCCGCGUUGACUCCAUUGCGCCCUUGGAUUCGCCGCCGCUGGUAGACGCCACCGAAGGCCCGACACUCCGUCCUGCUCGCGGAACGUCGCUUCCCGCCUACUUCGACGAUUGCGCCGCUACUGGGCACAGCAGUGGCGGCCAUGCAAAGCGCGGUUCGCUCAUUGGACCACGGGUGCCGUCGGCGUCAGCAGCGACAACACCGUCGUGGUACUCUCGACCGCAGCUCUUGUCUCCGGCGCCGCUGUCGCUUCCUCGACCGGCUGUGAGAUUACCACACACGCAGGCCCAGCCGCCGUCGAGGAUGCCCACAGACCCCGUCGUGCAUGCAGCCGGCGAUAGCCGCCGUACCGGCGUACCGGUGGCUGCACUCGAGGCUAACGGUGGCGAGAAAAUCGCGCCCAUGCGCCGCCUGUACGCUGCGCCGGCGCCACGUGCGCCAUCGCCGCCGCAGUCCGCCGUCACGGUUCGCCGCAACGCACCUGUAUGCAUAGACCCUCAUGUACUCGUCGACGAUACCUUUGACGCCAUCGAGGCGCUCCAGAGAGAGCUGCGGCACUUAAGCACCGAGAUACGAGCGAUGCGACUCCGCGACCCUCGUGAUUACAGCAGCGUGACGCCGAUGCGUCAGGUUCUCGUGCGGCCCCCCGGCAUGGACGCUGUGCCGGCGUUGGUGUCGCCGAUUUGCUUCUCGAUGAAGGAGUCGAGUGUGCAGGAGCUGGCGACGGAGCUGCAUGACAAGCAGAUGCACCGGCUUUACAAACAACGUCACUUGUACCUCACCCACGACCUCCACGUGUAG